UUUUUUUUUGAAGAGCAGUGAUUUAUUUAGCAAUAACACCUUUCAGAACAUGAUAAUAAAGUUGCCCGAACAAGGUAAUGUGCUUGUUUUGACUUCAAUUUGAGGAAAAUCUAAAUCAACAUCUGCAUAAAUCAUGGCCUCUACAGCUGUGUAUUGGGUGUAAUGUGUCACACAUGUUAUAGUAAGGUUGUAAUAGGCUGUGAGAGCUAAUGGAGGAGGAAAUGGCAUCUGAAUAAAUAAGCUUUCUACAGGCUUCAUAGUGAAAAGAAAAAAAUUAUGAAGCAAAUGAUAAGACAAAUGUUUUUAAGACUGGACAGUAUCAGGCUUUGGUGAACUUUAGAUAUCCUUCUGUUAGCUGUGCUCUGUAUUCAGAUACCAGCGCUUUGAAUUAGGAGGAAAAAAAUUGCCAGUUUAGUGGGGUGGGGUUUUUUGUUGUGUUUUUCUGUUUAUUUUUUUGUUUGUUUUCCUCCUUCGCCCCCUGUCGUGCCCCCCUCUCCCCCCCGCCAGGUGCCCAGCGGGGUCACUCGGGCGGUGCCGGGCGGGGGGACCGCGCUGCCGUUGCCAUAGCAGCGCCCGCCGCCGCCGCAGCAUCCUCGGCAUCAACUUUCGCCCCUUACUCAAACGCAAGCCGGGGCGGCGGCGGACGGGGGUGCGGGCCGGGGCUGCGGGGCGGCUGCCAUUGCUUUGCCCAGCCUCCGCGCCUGCGGAGCGGCCGCGCCCAGCCUGCGGGCUCCCCCGAGGCGCGGCGGCCGCGGACAGGCGCGGAGCCAUAUUGCCGAGCGGGCGGGGGGUCCCGGGCCGGGCUCCGCCGGGUGACCGGGCGCUGGCUGACACUUCUCUCCUGCUUCCCUCGGCGGCGGCCGCGCUUUCCUUCAGCUUCAUCCCGGCUUCUCGCAACCGUCGGGCAGCAUGCCGAUCGCCCACUUACUGGAGCUAUGGAAAGGGAUAGAGGUGGAGCCCAUGGAGACAGAGCCUGUGGCAGAAGAUGCUGCCCCGGAUGAUGAACCUGUAAAAGAGGUAAAUAUGUUUAUUCAUGGAUCACACAAAUGUUAGGAAAUUAUCAUUGUAUAAUCUUCUGCCUUCAUGGAAGCAAAUUGUCUCUGGUACUUCUUCUCUACGUGCUUCUAGCCCUGAAGAUGCAAAACCAACCUGGUUUUUGGUCUCUAAUACAAGGUCAAGUGAAAAAAGGAAGAACAGAUUUGUUCAACUGCAGGUUACAGAGUUUUAUUUUACGGGUAUUAUCUUUGUGAUCGUUUUCUAAGAAUAAACCCAAAACUUCUUGAGGCAUAUGGAUCUCCUGCAGAGAAGAUUUUGUAAUGACCUCCAAAAGAGUAGCUGUCAUAACAGUGCUUGUGAAUUAUGCUUGAUGAGUUAAUUGCAAAUACUAUUAAAUUUUGAAUUCAUUCCUGUUUGUCCGCUAGGCUGAUUCUUCAUCCAGAGCUCUUUCCUUCAAGUCAAUCUAUUGUUUGCAUUAUUGUAGCAUUGUAUUAUUGUGAUAAUUCUGCACCCCCCCAAGCCCCCAAAAAAACCCAACAAAAAACAACAACAACAAAAAAAACCCAUAAAAAACAUAAACCAAAAAACCAAAACAAACCUGAAAACCAACCAACCAAAACACACACAAAAAAAACCUAAACCUACUCAAAACCACAAUUCUUGCCUCAGAGUGUUUAACUGCCAAAUAGAAGAGAUGAGUGAUAUGAAGAUAGAAAAUGGGUGAGAACAAAUUAGCAUUCACUAGUAUGAUCAGCUGAGGACAAAGCCUGCCUGUAAAACUGGCUGCUGCUGGUCCCAGAUGUCAGUACAAGGUGCUGCUGGUUAGUGUUGAGUAAACCAAUGUGUGCUUGAAAGAUUGUCAGUCUCCUGAACUUAAAAAGUGAAGGAGACUGAAUUCCUUCAGACCUGAAGGGAGACUGAAGACACUUGACUAAACAGCCACUUUUGAACAUGCCAAGCUUCCAAGUAUCUAUUAUUCCUUGAAAAUCCAAACUUACCUUUGAUGUUUAGUUUUCAGCGCAGGGGUAUAUUUUUGUUACUUUCUGCUAUGUUAAAGGAAUAUUUUUAAUCCCUCUGAUAGAAAGGAAGAAUUCUUCUUCAUUUUGAGCUCUGUGAAAUGGAUGCACAUUCCAAAUGUAAUUUCUUCUUUUCCAUUUCUUAAAAAGAACUAAAUUACUCUUCAAAGAGCUUGGGGCUGAAAUCAAUUGCAGGUAACUGGGCUUAUCACAUUAUUUUUGAGGAGAUUGUUGAAGAUUAAAUUUCUGGUUUGUGGGUUUGGGUUAUAAGGUUGUUUUGUUUUUGUUUUUGUUUUUUCUUUUUAAGAUAGACUUCAUUUCCUAAAUGAAUUUAAACCUAGUUGAUUUUCAUUAGGGAUGCAUCUUAUAAAUCUCAAGUUGUAAAUUUGGCAGAAAAAAAUUGCAUGUAAUAAUGACUUGCAUAGAAAUCCCUGUGUUCACUCAUUUUCUAAUGUGUUUAUUGCUGUAAAUAUUACAAUUUGCAGUUUUGUAUCUGUAAUUGCAUUUACCUCUCUGUAUGUCUACUUCUGCCUCAGUAAGGCAAUUGCAGCGUCUGUAUGCCAUAUGUGGGAGUGUACACUUGUACAUUAUAAAACGUGUACACGGUGAUCGCUAACAACUCAUUGUCAGUGAAAUAUCACUGCCCAGUAUAGAAGUACCCUCAGCCUUUUCUUUAUAUGCCUUCAUUAUGCAGUUAUGCAGAAAAAUACAAUAAGAAAAACUGACUUUUUCACCUUUACUGUGCUGCUGUCGUGUUAUUUCAGCACUUUAUGGGCUUAGUCUGAAAGCCUGUUCUGUUUCUAUGAAGUUUGCAUUCUGCUGGUGGUAUUGUAGGAAAGAAUGGUCUACCAUUCUUGUGACUUACUGAGCUGUACUGUACCCAAGCCCAAAGCCAUUUUUUUCAGGUAACAUUAAAGCAUGACUUCAGGGAUGAAUUUAAGUCAUGUAAUGCAAUGGAUCACAUUUGCUCAAAGGAUGUUCUUGUAAAUAAUCUGCUUUAGGUUAUGUUGGUCUCCUGCUGUUUUUCCUAUCCUGUGUAUAGUAUAGACAAAUGAGAUGGUGGCAAAAUGCAUUAUAAAAAUGACACUUUUUUUUUUUUUUCUGAGGUGUCACUUUGCUGCUGAUGGACAAGUUCUUUAAAUGUCUUGGAGGGCAUAAAUCAACAGGAUUGUUGGAUAAAGCAAGUGUUUCCAAGGCAUAUAUUUGUCGCAGAGCAGUGUGUGUCAGUUCUGCUCUAGAGUUGUCACCUAGAUUACUCAGGAUUGCUAUCAUCAAGGUGUUCCCCUAGAAGGUCUUCCCAACACUAUGAACCCUGUUUGUCCUGCCACAAAUGUGAGCAAGUUAAAUGAUGGGAAUAUCCUUAAAUCAUCCUCAUAGAAUCAUAGAAGCUGAUUUUGGAAGGUGCCUCUGGAGAUCCUCUAGUCCAACCCCAGACAUCAGCACAACUACCUGGUGUAUCAGCUACUCAUCCCUGUUUUGUAACAUUUACAAACUUGUAGUGUGUGUAUUCUGUCCAAUUGUACAGGCCAUUAGUGAAGAUGUUGAACAAUACUGGACCCAGUAUUGACCACUGGGGUGUGCCACUCAUGAUUGGUUUCCAGCUGGUCUUCAUGCUGACCACAACCCUUUGAGUAGGGCAGUUAAGUUUUUGAUUCAUUUUGCUGUUUGCUUAUCUAGUCAAUACUUGAUCCAUUUGUCUGAGAUGAUGAUAUGAGAGACAAUUUAAAAAGCCUUACUUAAGUUCAAAACACUCACCACUCUGCCCUCAUCCACCAAAAUAGUUAUCUCUUCAUAGAAAGCUGCCAGGUUGUUUAACCACAACUUUCUUGUUAACAAAUCUAUGCUGACUACUCCAAAUCAUCUGCUUGUCAUUCAUGUUUGGGACUUCUUUCCAGAAGGAUUUGCUUCAUCACCUUUCCAGGGAUCAGGGUGAGGCUGACUGGCUUGCAAUUCCCUGGUUCCUACUUCUUAAAGGUAGGAGUUAUGUUUUGCAUUCUUCUCUCCUAAUUGCCAUGAGUCUUCAGAGUAUUGAGGGUGGCCUCACAAUGACAUCAGCCAGCUCCCUCACCCCUCAUGGAUACCAUGCCCACAGGUUUGUGUUUUGUUUUGUUUGGGUUUUUUGUUCAUUUUGUGUUGUUUGGUUGUUGUUUGUGUGGUUUUUUUUGUUUGUUUGUUUGUUUUUUAUGUCCAGUUUGCUUACAUGUUUCCCAACUUGAUUCUUCUCCACUGAGGACAAAUUUUUCUCACCUGUCUUGUGGGCUUGGGAUUCCCAAAGGCCUGUGUUACCAGAGAAGGCCAAGGCAAAGGUGGCAUUUGCUACUUUGAUCUUCUUGUAUCCUUUAUCAUCAUAUCCCCUUCCCCAUUCAGCAGCAGGACCAAAGGUAUUCCUUUUGCUGCUUAUGUAUGUGUAGCAACCUUUCUUGUUGCCCUCCACGUCACUUGCCAGAUUCAAUUGCAGAUGGUCUUUGUCUCCUCAGACACCAUCACAACAUGCUUGGAUAGUCUCUGUAUUCUUCCUUGUAACUUCUCUGUGGUUUCUCCUCUCAGAUGCUUCACUUUCAUAUCUGAGUUUUAUCAGAGGCUCCUUGUUCAUCCAUGCAGGUCUCCUGCUGCCUUUGUGUGAUUUCCUGUUGGUCACGGUGGCCAAAACUUUGAGCUUGAUGGCGGUGAUCCUUGAAAAUUAACCAACUUACCUGGACGCCUCUUCCUUCUGGGGUCAUCUUCCACGGGAUUUUUCCAAGCAGGUGCCUGAAGAGCACAAAGUGUGAAUGACUGAAGUCCAGGGUUCUGAUUCUGCUUUUUGCUUUGUUCUUUCCUCUCAGGAUAUUGAGCUCCUCCUUUUUGUUGUAACUGCAACCAAGAUUACCCUUGAACUUCAUAUUCAUGACCGGUUCUUCCUUGUUUGUAAGGAUCAGGUCUAGCAGAACAACUUCACUCAUCAGCUCCUGGAUCACCCUGUGUCAGGAAGUGCAUUCAUCAGUGCAGAAAUCUCCUGGAUUGCUUGCAUGCUUUCAGAAGAUAACAGGGUGAAUUAAGUGGAUCCUUUAAGGAUCAGGGCCUGUACAUGUAAGGGUUCUUCCAGCUGUCUGAAGGAGGCCUUUGCUUCUUGGUCAAAUUGUCUGUAACAGGUGCCUACCACAGCACUGAGGCACAUCUAUGCUGGUGUAAUGCUGAACCACCAGCAAUGGUCUCUCUUUCAAAGGUGUUAGGGUAGUAUUCAACUGCAGUGACAAUGGAGAAUGUUUCCAGGCUGUUUGUUGUGAUCAUCACUAGGAUUAUCCCAAAACAGCUUAACCAGUGUAUGCAAGUACUAGAGUUGCUGGUAUAUCACUUCACUUCUCUGACAGAAAAAAAAAAAGGGCAGCUAACUUAAGGCAGGUCAGAAUGUUCUGGUUUGCCAUUCAGAGAGUUGCUUUGGUUGCAAAAUUUGAGAGGUGGUGGUUGGUUUGUGGGGGAUUUUUUUCUUUCUUUUUUUUCAGUAGUACCUGGCAAGUUUUCCCUUGUGCCUCCAUCUUCAGUUGAUCAGAGGUCUUGAUACACCUGUUGGACUGUUCAGUCCAUUAUAAAACUAAAUGUAUGUUGUGGAUGAUUUUUCAUGGUAAUCAUAAUAACUGUGUAGAAAAGCAAAAAUGUCUACACCUCAGUGGUUAAGCUUACAGGUCACAGGUUUAGUAUGUGUAUUGAGGAUCUACAGAACAGAACAACUGUAUAUUUCUCUGCUGCUUCAUGAGUUGUGUUUUGGUUGUUGGCAGCCACCACAGAACACAUGCUUUUUCUGGGACAGGAUAUUAUUAAAAAGAAUGACUGUAGUUUCCCAGUUAUUUGGAUCUGUAUAUGUGCCUUUCUUUCUUUAUUUUUUUUUUUAUAGAUACACACAUAAAAAUCUGUCUUCUAUAAAAGCUUUCCUCUAAAAUAAACCCAAAAAACAACAACGAAAAACCACACCAUCAGAAUUAAGGAACCAUGUUUAAAAAACAAAAUAAAAAAUAAUGAAAAAUUAGCUUUUUACCAAGCAAUGCAUUGUCAUCACAAUAAAUGAGUAAUUGUGAGUCCAGAUAUUAUGCUACACAGUUAUCUAAAUCAGAUGCAUACAAAUCUCUCCAGGGUGACUUGUUUCUUGCUAUAAAGAUACUGAGGGAGCUCAAAUGUAGGUCCUUACCUGAUUACCAGAAAAUUAUGACCUUGAAUAGAUCCUUAUGAAAUCAUGCUGGCGAUGUAUUUAAGAAACAAAUUAUAGGUGUUUUCUCCUUUCUGCAGUUCUUCUUUGAAAACAGGUUACACUACCUAUGUAAUGUUCUACCUUAAGUAAGUUUUAAAAAUUGUAAAUGUCAAGUACUUAGCUCUUUUGAUAGAUUUGGUAGGUAAUAACUUUGUAAAUUGACUUUUAAGAAAUUGAUAUUUUUUGAUAUUUGGUGAGUUAAUCCACAGUGCCUAUCUUCUAAUGCUUCUUGCCUUUUUUUUUUUUUUUUUUUUAAACUAAAUAACUGCCAUUUGUUUUGGAAUGAAAUUGAUCAGGCAACCAACAGAAUAUCGGUUUCUGCUGAACUUCAUGCAAAAUAGUGUGUAUAGAAGUGUGUCCUUGAUGCAGAUGAACGAUUAUUCCACCAUUGACUUUGUGGGGAUAGAAUGUGAGAGGGGACAGCUGGGGUGAUGGAAUGAGGUGUUUCCUCUUCCUAUUGCACCCCAGAGCCUCUGAGCACUGGAGAGAAAGCUGACAGGACAACAGCUGUGCUGCCCUCUUUGAAAGGUUUUUUGUUACUUCAGAUUCUUUAUAAAUUGACUUCCUGUUGUCACUGUCCUCAUCAGCUGAAUGAGGACAGACAUAGGGGAGAUAACAAUAUGAAAAGAAAAGCUGGUUUAUUUGUUACUUAGAUAUUUUUCCUUCUCUUCCCCCUUCAAUUCAUACAGAAAACUACAAGUGGUGUAGGCAGUGUGUAGAAAAAGUUAUUACACAAACUGAAAGAAUUGUGACAUUUGAAUAAGAUAUCAUUAAACUCAAUGUUUAAGUUUGUUUAGCUUUGGUUUCUAGAUAUUUUCACUGCACAAUCUCUGCUACUUGUUUGAAUUACUGCUUUCAGACAGUGUGGUGGUGUGGCUCAGAUGCAACAGAAACAGGAUAACAGCAUUUAAAAAAAACUACUGAAAAAGUCUGUGAACCUUGUUCAGGGUUUCUCAGCCCCUCUGGCUUUAUGCAGCCAUUGUUAAGAUGCUGAUCAUCUAUGGUGAGUGGCAACCUGCAUAGAAACGAUUUUCUCCACGGCCAAAGGUUGACAGAUCCUGUUUCUCAGGAACCUUGGUCUUCAAGAACCAAACGUUGACUUGGGUUCAACAUCUAUUGAGACCCUAGUUGAGGAGGUGAUGGGUUUUUAGCUGGUGGAGAAGGUAGGUGACAAUUACAAUGGAUAGCAGAGAUUUCCUUAAUAAAGAUAACAACUGAUCCUCACUCCCAGUGAAGUGACUCUUACAUGUGUUGGCCAUGAUAAUCUUGAGCACUUAAUGAAUGAGGACUUUGCUGUGGUGGUGAUCACACCUCUGCUCCUGGGGCAGUACUGAUGUGGUGGGGUGGUGGUGUAACUUGCAGAGUUUGGGGAUAAUGCACGAGAGGACUGUGUUUGCUGAUUUUUUUUUCUGGUUGUAUCUGUUGGAUUUUUAAGUUUCUAGUGUUUAGCUAUAGAACAAACAACUAACCAAGCAAAAAAACCCAACAGUUGCUACUGAGCAAGUAUCAUACUGAAUGGGGAAAAGAAGUUCUGACAAAGUAUAUCAAAGAUGUAAAAUACCUCACAAAUUUAGGUUGCUUGAUUUUGAACAAGGGUUAUGAAGAAAAAUGAAAUUUUAUCUGGGGAAAACUGUUCCUUCAUGAAAAUGAACUUGUUCCAUAACGGCAGUUGGUGCCCAAGAGUGUGCUGGUUGUGAGUGAAUUGUGUCAUCAGGAGAUAUGAGUCACUUGGCAGACAGUAAAGUCAAGGAUGAAUUGUUUCCCUGAUGAGUAUGGUGUCUCCUAGAGAACUGUUUUUGUUUUUAAGUGGAAACAAACCACAAUUUACAUAUGAUUACAACUCUAGGGUGAGACUAUCCAUUUUGUCCUCAUAGCUAUGAGCUGAAAGUAAAUUGUUUUCUCUUUUCCCUAGCUUAUUCUAGUUUUCUUGGUCUGUCUAGUGUUGUGGGGUUGGUUUUUUUUUUCCUUUCCUAAGAACACAGUAUUUCUUGUAGAAAUAAGAAUUCUUCCUUUGAAUCCUCUUAUCUCCUUUUGCACUACUUCCAAGGUUUAUAAAUAACUUUCCCUAAAGAAAAAGUGAUGUGGCAAAGAAGCAAGAUGAGCAGUGCUGCUUCUCUGGAAAGAAAAAGCCUUCCUCUGACUGCAUUCUUUCAAAGAUUUGAUGGCAAAAAUCAGAAGGUAGCUCUGCCAUCUAUGACCAAAAUAAAUAAAAAUAUAUUCUCAAAUGGAUGUGAUGAGAUGCAGAAUUAUGUUGUCAUUGUAGAUGUCAAGAAUUAAGCUUCCAUUUAGAAGUAGUUAUGUGCUUCAGGGUGCAAUUUACUUUAUCCAAGACCUGACUAGUUUUCCCCGUUGACUGAAAAGGAAGCUUUCAGUGAUGAAUUAGUCUGGCUGUGUUUGAACAAAUGAGUAAAACCCAGGACCUCUACAAGUUUGUAGGACAUCUGAACAGUAUGUGUGCAUGCUUAUUACGCUCAAGGUUUUACAAAAAUUAUGUUGAAAAUGAAAAUGGUGUGAGAAAUAUGUAGUAUGUUUUUUUUGUUCCUGCUCUAAAUAUCCUUUGGAAGGUAAGGGGGAAGGCCAAUUAUGCCAUAAGUACCUGUAUGCUUAAAAACCAGCAGGUGUUUUGUUUCAUUUGGCCAGUUAUUUUUGACAGGUGGCCAGGAAAUUUAUGUUGUAUAAAUACCUCUAUGGAAGACAGAGGGUUGCAUCAAUACCAGAGAAGUAUGGGACUGAAUAUAAACAUCUGAUGUCAAACAUUGCAGGUAGGUGUUUGUACUGUAUUUUCUAUGUGAAGCUAACUGCAAGUUCCUGGCUUCAACAUAGAAUUUCUUGAAUAUCUAAGUUGCUUGAAGUGUAGGUAUCAUGAUCAAAUGACCUCUUUGUAAUUAUAUGAAGAUAAACCCUUAUGUCUUCUAAAUAGUUUUAUGCUGCAUGUGAGUGAGUAGCCUAGUAAAUAAUAAAUUCUGACUCUGUUUAGACCUGUCUCAUCCAAAAUGGGCUUGGAUUUCUUGAUUGCUAUUUUGUCUAUUAUUGUAGCUGUAUUCUCUCCCUUUUAAUUGCUAUGUUGGUGUGAAGUCAGUAAUUAGAAUGAUUACUAGGUUCUAGUCUGGUCUGGGAUUCGUCUUUUUGUUACCAGACUCUGAAAAGAAAAGGAGAAGGAAAGCAUAGCAUGUGCUAAUGAAAAAUCAUGUGUAUGAUGAAUGGUUAAAUUACAGUCCAUCCCUUUCAUUGAUGCUUUGUGUUAUUCAUGGUGCUUUGUGUUUUAAAUGUGGUGUUUAAGCAAGUUUAGUCAAAUUUAGACACUUCAAUAAAUAGCCUGAUCCUUUUGUACAUGGUACCAAUCACAGUUCUCACCUCCAGUAGUAGGGAACUGGGGGGUUCUUAACAGUUAGUAAUGUAAAACUUUUAAACCUUUUUAGUCCAAUUCUCAGUUCUAAUACAUUUAGUUGUAUGUUUUAUGGAAGAAAAUAUUCCAAACAGAACAAUAAGUAAUACAGUACUGCUAAAAUGCUGAUACAUUCUUGUACAUGAAAGUGGAGUGGAUUGCUUGCAGGUAUGUGCAUUUUCCUCUAUAAAGUCUUGUGAGAGACCUUUCUUGUACAGCAGCUUUUAACACAAUUUGCUUUAUUAAUCUAUUUUUUUUUUUCUUGAGACUAAAGGUUAUAAGUCACCAUUCCUAUAAAGGGAGCUGAUACAAAGCAAUUAAACUGUGAAAGUCAUGUCAUGGUUAUGUCAGUGAGCUUCCUCUCAGUGUCUGUCAUUUGAAAACUGUUUCUGACUUAUACAGAAGUGUACCUGUGAAUUUCCACAUCCCAUAAUGUGCCUGAGGGCUGUGUUACAGGCUAUGGUGCUGGUAGUCAAAUGUGCAGAGCACCCUGCUUGGAAUGCUGCAGCUGUGGUCUUGAAAAAUACUCUGAGCAUUCUGCCCAGCUGAACAGGAAAAGAACAGUAAGGGGUGUGUGUUUAUAUAUAUAUGUGUGUGUGUGUGUGUAUAUAUAUAUAUAUAUAUAUAAAGUUUUUUUAUAUGUACACCCACAUGUACUUACUUAUGCUUUUAGCUAAAAAAUAUGCCUUGGAAAUAUUUGGUCUAUUCAUCUCCUUUCAAGUAAUUUUGGGAUGCUUCUUAGAAGGGGGAGAGUAAAAGGAGAAGGAGGGUUGACUUGUGUUCCUAAAAUCAAAGCUAGCAAUAGGUAUUGCUUACUACUCCCCAGCCUCUGAAGCGCAGGAUUCCUUACUGCAUCUGCGACACUUGGAUCUCUGAGGUGACACCUAUCUAAAUAAAGCCUGUCUAGCAGCACUGCAGAGGAACUGGUUUCAGACAUGGGGAUCAUGGAGUCAAUCCAGAGGGAAGUUUUCCUUGAGCAGCCUCCUUUGGUCUGUUCUGUGUGUCAGCAUGCAGCAUGAUCCGGAAGUAGCCUUGGUUCCUUGGCCCUGCGGGUUCCAAGCGAGGACAGAGCUCCAUCCCAGUUUGGCUGUUUGCUGGGUGGUUUGAUUCACAGAGAGGUGUGUUUGGGAGUUCUUUCACAAACAACUGUCUAGGUUCUACACAGAUGCAUAAAUGAUCUCUUGCAUGGUUAACAACCAAAUACUUGGAGAAGAUAAUGGCAAAGCUGAAUACCUAAGCCUGAUAUGUAUAAUGAUGUUAACUUUUAGGGGAAAGCUGAAGGAGUACUGAUUUCCUUUAAAUUUGAUAGAGUUGCUGUAGACUAGUACUAGGUGUACAAAGCACUUCUGACCCAUAGAAAGGAGUCAGAAGAUCAGUCAGGGCAGGAGAAUGUAGUGUGUGUGUCUGGGUUUACUUCUAUAUCUAAUUACUUUAUCUUCUUAAAUUUCCUGGUGUCAGUUUCCCCAGCAUGGCAUGUAGUUUUAUCACACUCAUACAGGAAGGUGACCCUGAAAGUCCACAACACGCCUCUGGGAAAAAUUUCUUCUUCUGGAAACGGUGUUUGAGAAACAAUCUUUUUGCAGAUAUCGACAGGUUUCUGUGAGUGACAGUCCUGUUGAGUGAGUGGGAGAUUAACAAGGAUUAGAGAUCUGAAUAGUGUUUGUCACUUUGCAGUAUAUCGCUAGCUAUUUACAGAAGCAAACUAAGAUAAGUGAUCAAAUCCUUUAAACAACUGAAUCUGAUAGGCAGCAAAUACUGAGCACAAUGCCAAAAUAAGAUGACUUGAUAUCCAGGCCGGAUGCAUAUCUCAUGUAAGAUCUUAUUGUGGAUGAAAAGAUGUGACAUGAUGCCAGUCUUCCUCUUAUUUACUGUUUUGAAUCAGGCUUGGUUUAAGAUUGUGUGGGAAGUUUUGGUAUCUGAUAGCUGUGCAGAAGUUUGGUGUUAUUAUAUUCGAAGUGUGGCUGAAGAAUUAAUUUAUUUUUUUUUUUUCUACAGAAGUUACUCUUCAGCACUAGUGGCAAUGCACUCUAUCAUUUCCCAGUGUUAGCAAGAGAUUUUGACAAUGUAAGGCUUGCUGGCUAAGGACAAAGUGUGUAGAGCUACUUGCCACUUUCCCAAUCAUCAUUUUGCUGUUAUGUCAGUAAGAAAGAUACAGUUAUAUGUUGCAGCUUUGCUGUCACUUCUGUAACUGUAUUAAUUCCUUAUUUGUGAUAGCAGUCUUACUAGCAGUGCAAUGGAAAAGAAAUAGGAAAAAUGUGAGAAAUGUUACUGUUCUAUACUAACAACAUGUGUGAAUAUUGCCUUUACUGCACCAACCUUGUAACUUGAGCGUGGGUGCAAGUAGUAAGUGGAAGUAAUUCAGUUUGCAUCUUCUGGUGUUUGACAGUGUCCCUGAACUUGGGGCCCUGUUGUCAACAUGGAAAGCUAGGCAAUCUGCAGAUACACACAAUGAUAACAGAAGGGCUGCACAAAUAGCACUGCAGCUACUUCAGACAUUUCAAACUGUGAGAAAGCAAAGGACAAUGACUGUACUUCUGAUUCCUUGCAACAAACUAGUGGUGUGUAUACAUGGGGUUUUUUCACUUGCUAUUGCUCUUAAGUUUUCUAGGGCAUGAUGGCAAAUGAUUUGUAGCUCAGCAUGUUAUGGAUGUUCUUUGGAUCCUUCUAAACUAAAUGUCCAUUGCACAGUUUCCUGUGGUCUUGCAGGAUCUCAGAUGCCAGAGGUCUCUCUUCUGUGUUCUUGUUUACUUCAGCUGAUUGUCACCAGCAGUUGGAAUGGGCAACCCAUGAACAACAGCACAGUGUACAUAUUUGCUUUUGUUUUUUGUUUUUUGUUUUAGCACCAGGACUAUGCUGUGUAAAUUUGAUCUCUUUAUAUCAGUACUUUAGCUCAGCACUGCAUCUUAAGGUAUAUUCUUGUUAUGUAAAGCAAUUCAGGAUACUGCCAUGUCUUGUGGCAUGUAAAAGAGGGUCACAAAUAACAAUAAAUAUGGUAACCACUGAGUAAAUGCAGACCUGUGCACAAUGAUGAUGCAAAACUUCAUGCCCAAGACACAAACCACAACCUCUUCCUGGUAGUCUUUGGCCUUGAUGUGCCAUCCCUUAUUGGAGAUCUCUUUGUAGAAAACACUAAAAGGGAGAGCAGUAGGUAAGUGUUGCAGCAUGAGCUGACAACAUACUGAGGAUUAGAAGAGGGCUUAAUGGCAAUACCUCUACUAGCACUGGUUAGUUUAGCAUCUGUGCUUCAAUUUAUGGCAAUUUUUUUUUUCUUCCUGUCCACAGUAUGCAUGCCUAUGAAGCAGGAUGUUUUCUUCUGAAUUCCUGCUAUAGUAAUUUUUCAGAUCUAGGAGUAAGCAGUUAAGUUUUUGCUUUGCUUUGAGUUUGCUCCUGUGAUCUAGCUUCCAUGAUUCAUACUCCUGCUUGCCAACUGGAGUUAGUGUAAGGCUUAAUUAAAUGUGUAAAACAUUUUGAACUUACUGAGUCAUUUUCCUGAAAUAUGGUUUGUCAUGCUGUGUGUAGCUGGCAGACUUGCACACCUUUUGGGUUCUCAGAGCCAGCUUUAAAUAAAUAAUUGGCUUUGAGUGUGGAGGUGGGUGGGAUAUUUGGUGUACAUACUGUCAGCCUUGAAGUAACUGUGUAAAAAUAAUAAUUUAAAAGUGCCCAAGAGUAAUGGAUGUUUACUUAGUGUGCAAAUAAAACUUGUUCUUUUGUUUACUUUGUGCUCAUCAUAGGAUUUGAAAACCCCAGAGGCUUUGAUGUCAAGGUGAAGCUUAUACAAUCCUGUUGAUGAAGAAGCUAGGCAGAAUCCAGCUGCUUUCCCUGGAACCAUGCAACUUCCCUGGAUUUGAAGCAGGAAUUUGAAAUCUUAUCUUCUGUUCAGACAGGCAGGCAGGCAGUUGUUCUAAUGCAAAUCAGGAGAUCACCCAGGAGUCUCUCUAACAUUGUGACUCCUGGAUCCUCACUUCAACUUCUCUAACUCUCUGGUUCUGCAGUAAACAUUUUUUUUGGUAAAUGUAGCUUUAAGAACUUGAAUAUUUUAAGCUCUUUACUGUAGCAAAGAAUAGAAAACUAGUUGGAAUGUCUGAGUUACAAUAAAAGGCAUUUUAAGUUUAGCUUCUGUAUAGAAUAACUGUUUAUCUCUUAAGUUGCUGAUGAUUCUCUGUUGUAACUGAUUAGAUCAGCAGGAAACUAUUCUUCAUUCUUUUUCUUACAGGUUUUACCAGGUUCUACUAAUCUUUCUUUUAAGUUCUCUUAAAGCAGGCUACCUUGUCCCAUCAACUUUGGGAGAAAAUUUGACCUAGUUUCUUUGAAAAGCCUGAAAUAAACACUUCCAAAUCUUGCAGACUGGCAAUAUACUGUAGGGAGCUGAGUUUUUCAUCUUUUCUGGUAGUACAGGUGUUAAUUAGUAAUUGUACACUGAGCUCUGAUUACAGGUAGAGAGUGAGUUGGUAUGGCAACCCAUUGCUGAUCUUGCCCGUGAAGUGUUUUAUCUUUGCACCACAGUUCACUUUUAGAAUAUCUAGAGAUAUGGAAAGUGCUUGCUACAUGUUUGAAAUGGUGGCUGGCUUCCUUGGUUUGCCAGGUUUGAUGCUGGGACUGUGGUGGUUCUUGCAAGGUGGUGUAAGGGAACAGGAAACCAGAAAUGCCAUCUAUAUUUCUUCUAUGUUAUUGUUUUUUUGUGGGGUGUGUUUGGUUGUUCUUUUUGUUUGGUUGUUUGAUAGUUUUGUUGUUGUUGUGUGGUUUUUUGUUUGUUUUUGUUUUUAUAGUGGCCUAUUAAGUGGUACCUGUUCUUUAAAUAUUCCUGCAUAAUUGUAUUUGUUUUGCCUUCAAGGCAUUACAACUGUUUAAUUGUAUUUAUGUUAGUAUUUUUGUGACCUUGAAAAGUGGGUUGCAAGCACACUUAAGGGCAACAAGUGGACAAAAUGGAUGUUACCCUCUGAUGACUUAGACAACUGUGAAUAUCAGUGAACACUUGUGAGCCUUCUUUCCAGCUGCCUUUGCUUGUGAUUCAGUUAUGAAUGUGAAGUAAAGGUGCUUCUGGAUGAGAUCAGUCCCAGGCCCUGGGAGAGAAAUGGACCAUGAAAAUACUGCUUUGCCUAGCUUGAUCUGUCUGCCUUCUUUUGUUCUCUAACUAAUGUAGAUGCACCCUGCGUAAACAAAUAGAAGAUCUUUCUGUAGGAUGCAGCAGCUCUGUAUCCCUGGCUGACAGCUGGGGGACACCAUAAGCACUGUACAGGGUGGAUGCUGACUACAGAAGACACAGUGUAGGACUAUUUUACUUAGCUGUCCAGAUACAAUCGCUUCUUCAAUUUUGGAGAGGAAAUCUAACUUGGAUUAGUGUGUUCCUUUCACUGUGAUGAAAGACAUUACGGAGCAUGGAGGGUAAUCCUGCAAAUCCUGUUCACUUGGUUGCAGUGGAGAAUAGAGGUGCUGGAUGCCUCCCCUGUGGCAGCUGUGGGGUGAUUAAUAUCUGAAUUUCUAUCUGCAGCUGACAGAGGGAGCUUGGGCUUUGUCUUUGUCACACUGGACAGAGAAACCCUCUCAAAGUCUGUGCUGUUGUUGACUUGCUACCAGGUUGUCUGGAAAGAUGUCUUGGGAAAAGCAGGGUAGCUCUUCCUGCACUGUUUCUCUUUGUUCUUGUUUUCUCUGCAGUUAUACUUGUGCACCAUUCAAUGUGCCAACAUACUGUUCUUGGUCACUAACUUGCAUUGUUAAAACUGUCUUUCAAUUCUCUGUAGAAGUAAAAGAAAAGUAAGAUCAUAUACUGAAAUACUGAUAACUUUUUUUCUCUUGGGCUUUUUACAACCAAACAACCAAAAUGUUUUUAGAAAAUAUAAUGAAAACUGGAGUUUCACCUGAUCUCAUGACUCUAGAAUUUUAAAAUAUAGGUAAAAGACAUGAAAUGGUGAAAGACUUGCUUAUGUGUUGCGAGUGUAUAGAUUUAUGUACAGAAAUGUCUCCUUGCUCAUGGUAAAACCCUUUAACCUUUCAUUAUCUAGCCUAUGGACUCUUCCAAGUCCAAAUAGCUGAUUUUCUGAUGAAGAUUGUGGCUGAAGACUGUAUGUGUGCUGCAGGUUAUUAGGGGACAUAUUGCUGUCCUCUGUACGAAGAGACUUGCUUUGGAGCUGAGUGGCUUUACAUGUAGAUUCGAAGAAAAAUAAGUUUUUUAAUCUGGUGAGAAAAGUAUUGUCCUUAUGAGGCUAGAAAAAGUCAAGAGUUUGGCAUGCUGUUUACAGAAAGUCAGAUAACUGCUGAUCUGGGCACCCAAAUCUGUUUCCAUGUUGCAGAUGGCAACAUAUUACAACAAAAAAAUAUCAUCUUCAAGACUGAAAUGAAUAACUUCUUUGUUUUUCCUUGUUUCAGAAACAUUUUGACUUUGUGUAUGGCAACAUAAAUAGUAGAUUAAAUCUGUUCAAGGAGAAGCAAAAGAGCUCCCUGUGUGACUUCUCCAGUUUUUCACAAGAAUGCAGAUAUGGGAGAUGAGGAGCAGCUUUCCUUGCUGCUUGAAGACAUGAAACUGGCAUAACUCACUCCCCAGGGGGCUGAGUGUUCUUUGCUGCUGGGAUGCAGUUCAGCCUGUGUGUAUUAGUGGAAAUAUUCAGUGACUGAAGACGGUACUAGCUGUAGACAAAAGUGUUUUGACGCAUCUACCUGUGUGUAUUUUGUUUUGGUUGUGGUGUGAUUUGUGUAUGGUUUCCCACUCCCCCUCUGGUCUUCUGACUCAUUUGAAGAAUAAGGCUGAGACAGCUUAAACCCCAGAGAUUUAGGUGCUCAUGGGAAAAAUUAGAUUUAGAUCAUUUUCCUCUUAUGUUACUGUGGCAUAAUAUGGAAUUUCACAGGGCUACCAUACUGAGCAUUUUGAUAGGUAUUCUUGAAUAUUAGUCUGAGAUUGCUUCUGGCGUGCUCUUACUCAGGCUAAUGUGCAUUUUAGCAUAACAUGAUACCUGGAAAUAUCCAUAGGCAAAAGGGCCAACUGAAGUAAAAGUCUGUUGGGUAUCUCCAUCUGUGGGUACAGUAAGUGUUACCUGUGUCUUCGUUAGUCCCAAAUGUGAGUGUUGUUUUGGGUUGGUUUUUUUUGUGGGGGUGUGUGGGUGGGGCAGGCACACAAUGUAUGCCUUAUGUCUUUUAAAGUUAUUUGAAUACAUUACGCUUUUGCAAAAUGCACACUGAAAUAAUUUCAGGUAACAUGAUGUAAGCUUCUUACCAGGUGCUGCUCUGUAGCUGCUUGUUAUUUUUCUGCACCUGUGGGAGGGAAAGGUUCAGUACUGGGAACAGCUGAGGGAUGGCAGCAUGAGCUUUAGCUAAUAAGUGUGCACUCAGUGACCAAAGAUCCUAACCCGACAUGGUCCUUUGGGUGUAUUGUUAUAUUUUCUUGAACCUACUGAGGAGAAGCUAGCAAAUAAACUGCAGUCACAUCUUCUACCUGCACUGUGGACAUGCCUGCGGUCUGUUGCCAUGGGGAUGAAGAUAAGUCUCGUUUUAAAGAAUUGUACUGAAAACUCCCCUACUCUUAGACUGCAUGACCUGUAAGCAAGAAAUUGUGCAUCAGUUUGUUGUUGAAAGAUGCUAAGGUUGAUAGUCUUGAGUAGAUCUUUAGCCUGUUCCUAGGGAAGCAAUGCUUACAAUUCCACUGAUAGUAAAUCCUUGAUAGGAAACUUUUAAAUCCUAUGGCCAGCUUCAGUCAGACUUGAAAGAAGGGUGGGUACUUACACCUCUGUUCUCAAAAGUUUUGUGAAAGUUGACAGAUUAGAUGAGACUCAAAGCAGUGCACUACCAAGGAAAGAAAAAGCAAAACUGUACUUGUCUGCAAGCCAGUAUGUACUAUUCAAUGAGGUAAGCAGGCUAGGAAACCUGUAUGCUAUGUCCCUGUCCAAAAAGGCAAGAGGAAGAGGAGACCAAAAAACAAUAGCCAUAAAUCUGUUGAGAAACAAGUUCUGUUAGUUCUGCUUCUUGCAAAACAGCUUUGACUUACCUUUUUUUCUGGGAAAUUUUAUAUUCUCAAAAAUAAGUAGUCUGCCAGCUUCUUUGUUUGACUACAGAAACAAGAUUAUAUUUACUGCAGCUACAUGUUGACAUGUUGUUUAAUCUUUCUUUGAUCUAGUUACAAGACUAGCUCAGCUUUGAGAGACUAUUAAAGACAAAACAUGUAGUUUCUUAAUUUUUAUCUGUCAGAACAAAAAGCAAUUUUUGUUCUUGUUAAUUGUUAUGCAAACAUGAACCUUAUUAGCCUAGAAGGAAAGCCCUGUGCAGCUCUUCAGAAAUGCCUGGUUUUAGCACAUGCCUGGGCCAGCUGAGCCCAGCUCUACUGCAGCCAAUGCUGACAUCUAGUGCAGGUUCAGUAAAACUGAGCAUUCAGCUUCUGAAGCUUCUACAAAAUUCAGUAAAAUGUACCUCUAAACUUAGAAUGUCACAAAGCUUUUGAUAUUUAGCAAGUUUUCAGUUCAGUCAUCGGACAGCUCACUUUGACUUGCUUCCUUGACUGGCUGAAUUUAGGCCAUUGAAGACAUAUUUCCUUAUUUUAAGGCAGGCAUUCACCCUGCUUUCUACAGAUGGAAGUGCCUCAGUCAUGUUACUAUCACACUUUGGGCAGGAUAAUGAUGCCUGUACUACUGAGACUAUUGUGGCUUUUAAUUUGUGGUAAUUGAGUGUCUUUUCUUGAAAACACAUGUUGGAGAGUUGAAACAAACCCCCAAAGCAGGGUGACACUUAACCAGGGCAACUAAGUAUUUCUAGUCUUGAAGUUAAGUUAUUGCAGAGCUCCCAGAUGAAUUUUGUAUAUCUGUGUUUUAAACUACUUUGUGAUGUGUCUUGUAUCUUUAUACCCUGAAGAAGUGGAUGUAGUGUAAAUCUGUUGCAGAUGAAAACAAUGAGGUGCAUCUUGCAGAAUAAGUACCAUAAAUACAAUUAUUUACUUUGUUGUAGGGAGAUUUUAUCUUAAUUUUCUGCACAGCCAUAGCCUAGCCUACUACUAAAAGAAAAAACUCCCCCUCACCACAAAUCCUGCCCCCAAAACAAACCACAACCCAUAACUACCCCACUUCUGCCACAGAGUCCAAGUCUGAGAGCAACUUUUGCAUUGAACACGAAGUUGGCCUGUAUGAGCUCUAGAGGUUGCUUCCAGUCUAAGAAUCAAGAUUUUGGCUUCUGUUUGCCCCCUGUUCUGGUUUUAAAGAGUGAGGUAGGAUUCAUUCUGUGUUUUUUCUUAAAUCAUAGUCUGCCAUUGGAAUGGAAGGUGCAAGGGAAGUGCUCGUCGUUUCUUAACCAAAUAAAUAAUGAUGUUGUCAACUUCUGCAUGGUGCUGGGAUAUAGCAGUGUUGAACACCACAGUAACUGUGGUGCAGUGUAUGGGAUCUGACAGGAUGACCAGCAUUAGGCAACCUGGGUACAGUUGUCACUUGAACUUUGACAGGGUUGGAAUGCUGUUUGGGAUGCUGCACCCAACAGGGUGACAUACUAGUCCCAGUGUCAUGGAGCUCAGUUCAGUGUCUAUCUAAAGCAGGGCUGCAAUGGCAUCAAGUUGCACCAGGAGAGGUUUAGAUUGCAUAUUAGAAAAAAAAAUUCUUUAUGGAAGGGUUUGUCAGGCUUUGGAACAGGCUGUCCAUGGAAGUGAUGAAGUCACCAUCCCUGGAGGUGUUUAAAAGGCUCUUAGAACCUCAUCUUAGGUGCCUUAGGGACAUGGUUUAGUGCUAGAGAUAGGUUAGGUUAUGGCUGGACUUGAUGAUUCUGAGGGUCUCUUCCAAAUGAAAUGAUUCUAUGAUUCUGUGAUAUUUGCAGUAUGUGCAUUUGUCUUAAUUCGGAUUUCUUAGUUUUAGCUAUUCCAUCUUUUAACCCUGUUGCUUAGAUCUACAACAUCUUAUUUUAAGCAGCAAGAACAGUGCUGUGAAGGGUAGCUUAUUGUGAGGUUCUGAGCAUGUUUGUUUCUACCAGACAGCCCCAUAAGAAGAAAUGCAUUAGUGGGGAGGCACUCCGCACCGCAUCUCCUUGUGCAUGGCUACCUCUGCUAUCAACCCACCUUGGCUGUAUCCUGCUACUAUGCUCUGAUGAGAGCCUUAACUUGCAGUGCAUAGUUUUAACCUAAAACUAGAGCGAUGGAUUACUCUGGGGUAAUGAGUACACUUGUUAAGGCUGCAGUAAGUUUGUCCAACAGUAGAGGUCUGUCUUGUUUGGAAAAAGGAUUUUCAUCAGUUAGGUAUGAAUUGCUAUGGAAGAACUGAAGUAGCUCUUCAGUAAUUUUAGGGUGGGGUUUUAUUUUAAUUUCUUUGAAUGUUAAUUUAAACACUUUUGUAGCAGAAACUGGUCUGAAAGGUUGCAUGUAGUCCGGUGAAUCAAAUUUGCCAGUAGUUGGGAAAUACUUGCAGUCACAGAGCUGGUGUGAGAAGCCAUAACUGGAAGCUUAAGCCUAUAUCCCCUCCCCAGCCCUGGUAGUUGAGAACAAAACUAGAAAGCACUACCAAUUUUUAGUGCGGAUGGCUAGUCACUGCGACAAACCACAUCUGGGAAGUGAGCUUGUCCUUCUGGUGAAGCUUUCAAGUCAGAACUGAAUUCCUUUCCAGAAAAUAACCUUUAGUCAAACUCCAGUUAUUGGUUUCAGAUAGGCACAAGUGGAUGAAAGUACAUGUCUAACACUAGACAGGAAUUGUUAUAAUAGAUUAUAAUUGUUGUUUCUCCUAAUGUUAACUUGCAAAAUUACAAAGCUUCUGCCAGAAAUUUUAUCUUUCAACCCAAAUGAGCUCUAAGUAUUUUCUAUAUCCAGUUAUAUGUUAGGUCUAUGAAUGGAGGGACAUUGUACAGCAUAGAAAUUAUUUUGCAAUCUUCUAAAAAGCACAGGUCUCUAGUGUGGGGUUUCUGUGUUACUUUAGACUCAAACCGCCUCUAGUUCUGGCAUCACUAUAUAUCAAAGUAUGUGAUCUUACAUUCUUUAAGCCCUUGUUUGCACUGUCCUGGAAUGAUAUCUCCCUUUUAAGGUGUGAUGCUGUAUUGCAUUGAGCUAUUGGAAGCUUAUUUUUUGUUUUAUUGAAGUUGAGUGACCUCAGCCUGAACACAGAAUCUGCCAUUUAUGAGUCAAAAUUAUGACAGUUCUUGCUAAUCCUGUUACCAGUGAAGCAUCCUACAACUUGGCUAACUAUACAAUGCACAGAUGGUUCUCUUGCUCCCUCCAUCCAAACAAUGCAUGUUUGCUAUUAAUCAAUAUAGAUUUCAAAAUCUUGUUCCAUAUUACUUAUUAAUCUUGCAUACAAGCCUUUGUGAGUUGCAGAAUUUCUUCUGUAACUUUGUUGCCAUAGAUGAACUGGUCUGUCACACUAAAACUUAGCAAAUUUGUUUUGUAACAAUAGUUUUUCAGCUACUUGUCUAUAUAUAAAUUUUGAAAGGUAAACACACUGUAAAAGUCUGGUAUAAAUUAGUUUAAUAUCUGAAAAUAUAUCAAAUGUAGCUAAGGUUACUGUUUGCUUGCUGUUCAAUGUGAAUACAGUUCAGCAUUAGCUAAUCCUGUUGUGGUUUUGAUUGCGGGGUGACAAUAAAACCGUGGCAGAUGUAUUGUUAACCCCUCUCCCUCCUCUUCCUCUUUUUGCCCCUCCCUCUCCCCCCUUCCCACUAAGGACAGGCGAUUGGGAGGGAAAGAAGGACAGAGAGAAGAGAGUUGGAAAAAUUAACAAUGUUUCACUAAUGCUACUAAUAAGAAUAAAGAAAAUAAUACAAAAUAUACAAAGCCAAUCUUGAAAGUCUCAGCAACUGCAGAGCCGGCACCCGAAGUCCUGGAUUGGACUCUGCAGCCAAUCGGAGCUGGAUUCAGUCUGUCACUAGGCCUCAGUUCGCAGGGACGACUAGCAAGGUCCUCUCCUAGUGUUGGCAAUAAGCAAAAGGGACGAGGGCAACGAAGAUGAUUAAGGGAGUGGAGCACCUCCCUUAUGAAGAAAGGCUGAGGGAGCUGGGUCUCUUUAGUUUGGAGAAGAGGAGACUAAGGGGGGACCUAAUUAAUGUUUAUAAAUAUAUAAAGGGUGAGUGCCAUGAGGAUGGAGCCAGGCUCUUCUCGGUGGCAAACAACAAUAGGACAAGGGGUAAUGGGAUCAAGCUGGAACACAAGAGGUUCCGCUCAAAUUUGAGGAAAAACUUCUUCUCAGUGAGGGUGACAGAGCACUGGAAUGGGCUGCCCAGGGGGGUUGUGAAGUCUCCUUGCCUGGAGACAUUCAAAACCCGCCUGGACAUGUUCCUGUGUGACCUCAUCUAGGUGUUCCUGCUCUGGCAGGGGGAUUGGACUAGAUGAUCUUUUGAGGUCCCUUCCAAUCCCAAACAUACUGUGAUACUGUGGUCUCCCACUUUCAUAUGAAGUAUUCAUGUGAAUGGGAUGUUAUACUCUGCUGGUCAGUUUUUUGGUCACCUGUUUCUCGUUGCCCCUCUUGCGAAAUGUGCAUCAGUCCUUAUCAAUGACCUCGCAUUCCAUUGCUAUGUUUACCAAAACAUAUAUCUGGUUCUCCAGGAAAAUGCAGCUAAUGUGAAGGCUUCAACUGACAGGCAAAUUCACUAAAAGAGAAACUUGCUUUUAACAAAACCAGGACAAAUCCUUAUACAGAUCUGGCAGAUGCCUGAAUAAAGCUGAAACUUAUUUUAUUGCCGUUUUUCUGAUUUUGGUUUAACGGUAUGUUGUAAAGAUAAGUUCAGAGUUGUCUGGUGUUGAUGGUGUUUCUGCUGCUUUCUUGCUUUUGAAAUUCUGCAACCCUUGCUACUCCUGAAAGAUGAAACACCUAGUAGAAGCUGUGAAUUUUCCAAGCAUUACUCUCCUUGCACAUUGUUUCAGAUGACUUUGUUUAUUUGGUAGGGUUUGUUUUACUGUAGGCUAUGAUCCUCUGCUGAAAUUGCCAGAAUACAAAGACUAUAAUUGCACCACCUUAUGUGAGAUGAUAACAAAGGUGAUGGGAGGGUUUUGUGGUUUUUUUUUUUCCUGUGAGCAAAGAACUCGUAUGUUGUCAUUAUGACAUUACGUUCUGUGUUCACAUUUGUGGUACAUCCACAUGAUGUCACAACAGAAAAAUAAUGGUACCUUGAAUCACAAGAGAAAAAAGCCCUGAAGGUGAAUAGAAAAAGCUUUAAAAAAUUAGUAGCAUAGCUAUUUCUAGAAAUCUCUUUCAAAAUGCUGAACAGGAUGCAGAUACAGCCUUGUUGCACUGCUACUUGUGCCACUGUGUGUACCUGUGGGAGGUGUGAAAUACAGGCUUUGGAGCCUCAACCCUCUUUCUGCUUGUGAAGUAUGCAGGAGGUACUGCAGGCAGGAGGAGGUGAAUAGGCUGUUAAUAGCAGAGCUGUACCACAGAUUUUUCAUAUUUGGAACCCUGUGUUCAGAUCCAGUCAUUUCCCUUUGAAAAUGCAUAAUGAAAUGUGUGGUUGAGACCAAAUAGUUGUUGAAAAUUAUUAGAGGAAUGGAGAUAAACUUAUAUGAGGAGAUGGGAAGAAUAUUAAACCUCUUUAAAGGUGAAACAAAUAAGAAACAAUUCUUGCGUUGUGUGUGUAGGUUGUGGGGUUUUUUUGUUGUGUUUUUUUUGUUUGGUUGUUUUGUGUGUGUGUGGUUUGUUGUGGGUUUUUUUUUGUGGAUGAGUGAAGACAAACCAAUUUAAUAGGCAAUUUCAAACUUUUUUUUUCUUUCCUAUAUGUAUGCAUAUAAUGUGCCAGAAUCACAAGUAAAAUUAAAAUAUAGAGGGGUUGAAAUGAAUCCUAAUAAACAAAGAGAACAAAAGUAAGUAUGUAUUAUCUUAAAGGAAAAAUGUGACAUAUUUCCAGUUGUGGGCUCUGUUUUCUCUGAAGUCUCUGGCUGAAGCCAUGUAUUCUGUUUCUAUAUCCUGUAUAGCUAUGAGUAAGGUAUAAGGGUCACUGAUACAUAAUAAAAUAUUUGUAACUGAAAAUAUAUGCUUUUAGAACAUCUGCAAAUUUAGAACAAUUAGAUUGUCCAAAAAAAGUGUGAGAGACACUUGUUAGAGCAGAUGUAAUGUUAGAUGAUAUUAGAUGUAAGUCUGAAUCUGAGGCAUUCAUUUUAAGAAACAGGCUUUCCUGUUUCACUGUGAUAACAAAUGACCCACAAUAUGAAUUUAUCUUUACAGUGAUUAUUGUAAUAAGAACAAUAUAUGAUAUAAAAGCUUAUCCAUUCUUAUGCCAGUUUAGCCACCUGGAUUAUUCACAUAGAUCUAUUCUGCCUAUUGUAAAGGUCAGGAGAAGUUAAGAAUCUGUGUUCAAAAUCUGACCUUCCACAGCUGUUGAAAGUGUUAGUUUGUAGGUCAAUAAUUCACUGAUGUGGCAUAUUUUCAGUAUAUCUGUAAGUUAUGUAUCUUGCAUAAAGAUAUGACAAAAAGGCCCGAAGCAUAGAAAACCUGUGCAAUUCCAGGUUGCGCCAGGGCUGAAUAAUCAGUUACACGUCCUGCUUGAAAUAGGUGUUAAAGUUGUUGAAUUGCAACUUCCAUUGUCUUUCAAAAAAAUCUUUAGAGAAAAGGGGUUAUAUCAUACUCAGGACUGACCUUAAAAGUAAAAAACAAAACACAAAGCAAAAAAGCCACACACAAACAAGCAAACAGAAACCACCAAAAACCUGCUUGUUAAGGGACCAUUGUAUCCUUUGUAUUUCCCCAAUGUGGAAAGUCUGCCAACCUAGGGUCUGGCACUUGCCUCGUAAACAUGGUGCAUCACUAUGUUGAUAAAGCAGUUAAUUUCAGAAGAACACUUUUGUGGCACCUCAGAGCUGGGUCAUCAGGAAAGCAAAACCCAUCAAAGACUGAUCUGAGCUCCAGAUCUGGCAGCUUCCCCUUGGGGUGCUGCUGGCUGGAUUCUUUAGAGGUUAGGCAUCUGCACGCAGCCUCAUCUGGAAAGCACAGCCAUUUAUUUUGGUGCCUCUGUGGAAUCGGAACCUUUGUUACAGUCCCAUCACUGGGGAUGAGGACUGAAAGUCCUUUAAAAUGUUGACUGCUUCCAUAAUCUGCUUUAUGUACGUGGAAAGGUUAAGUGUCUUUGGGUCUCAUUUCUGCUCUGAGACUGUUAUUUAAAUGUCGGGGUCCUAGGUGCAAGUAUUUGUAAGGUAUUCAUUUCUCAAAAAUUUAACUUUCUUGAAAGUUUGGGCGUGUGAUCCUGUCCAUGAGUGGCUUCCCUGAAGGGCCUUCACUGGAGCAUCAUCCCAUGACUUGCACUGGACCUCUACAAGGAAGCCCUGAUUCAAUUUUCAGGGUUGAAAAGUCAGGGUGCAGUCCAGACUGGGCUAACACAGCAUGGCUGGCUGUGUCCUGCUGCCUAAAUUACACUGGAGGUUCUGAGGCAUGUUGUGAUCAUACUUUUUGACAAAACUUCUUUGGUUUUGACAUAUUUGGAAGCACAGAACUUCAUUUAUAGGAACCAAUUUCUGACUCUCUGGUUAUUCUGUAAGAGGACUCCUGAAUGAGAGCAACGCUUGUUUGGGGCACUGAAUUAGGUUUCCAAAUAAGUAAUUUCUACUCUAGUGAACAGUGUUACAAACCUAUCUAAUCAGUAGUAAUAUCUGAUUGCUACAGAAUAUGUAGUGGCACUUCCGAAACAACAACCUGAUUACAAAUUCUGAUAGUAUUCUCAGUGUAUUCUAAUGUAGCUAUUUCCUUUGUUUUCACCAGUGUAUGCAGUAGAAAGUACAGAAUAAAAUGUGAUAUGGAAUUGACUUGUUAUGAACUUCAAACACAGGUGUGUGGCUUUUGGUGAUAGGAGAAACUGCACAGAUGUAUGGAGGAGGAUGGUAUUAAGGAUAUAUUUAUAACCUGUGGCCUUUUGUUAACCUAUUUCUCUGUUAAUAACUUCCCUUCUUUCGCCCCGCCUCCUGCAAGGGAUGUUUCUAGUAGUAUAUGUGUUAAGCUAUAGAGAGACUGUGAAUCAUAAUGCAUCUCUUGAGGAUAACCUGAUUUUUGUUUUCUGACUAAAGUAGUAUGAGUCAAUUAUUGUGAGUUAAUGUGAGUAUAAAGCUGUUGGAAGGACUUGCAAAUGGCUAAACUAAGGAUCGUCUUUCAAUACCUGUUGUAUAUUGAUGUUGUUUAAAAAGGCUUGUAAAUAGAAACUAACUUCAAGGUUGUUUGCAUUUAUCAUACAGAUUUAAAUAAACUAUUUGAAGCUGUUUUAACCCUCACAAAUCUCUAAUAGAGAAAAGAAACAAAAGCGUGCAUGAAACCUCAAACACAGUGCCAGAAUUCACAGCAGAACAUGGAGUGAAUCCUUUAAAACCUUGGCCAUAAGUAUCCUUAAGCUUUGGGGUAGAAAAAGUUUCAUUAAAAGAAAAAAAAAAAAAAAGCUGUUCCUCUUUCUGUACAGUACUUCUACAUCUAGAAGUCUUCCACCUGUGAUGGAAAACUGCUGUGUUUUCUUCUUUUUAAUUGUAGAGGUCUGUUUGGUGUGUGUGUGUGGGGGGUUUUGUUCGUUUGUUUGUUUAUAUCUAUAUUUCUGGUGUAAAGGUGGUGCAAUUAUCUGAUUGAGAGUGUCCCACACUUGGAGAUACUUAGGGCAGCAAGGAGACAAAGCAGUUUUGUGGAGAACCUCAUUCAUUUACUUGCUGCUUCUAUUGCAGGAAUCCUUGCUAUCAGACCCCCAGGAAACUGCCUUUUUAGUUUGGUGUUUGGGAAGGUGUAAGGAACAGGGGGGUUACAUUAGAGUUGUUUUAAGAGCUUGAGCAGGAUCUGCCAGACAGGGAUGCUUGCUAAUUAAAACAGGAGGGAAAAAUCACCUGCAAACACUGUAAUGGGCACAGGCAAGUCCAAACAGGUGUGAAUUUUGGCACUGGUGGUUUCUGGAAGGGGAGCGAGGUUCUGUUUUUCAAGGUUAAUGCUUUUGAUUCUUAAUCACAUAUUUCAUGCUAUUUGGAAAGUGGGCAGCAUCCCCUGCAUUUUGCUUCCUUGUUUCUCCCUCAAGGUGGCUCUUGAGGAGAAGGAAUUGAUGUAUCAGGGAAGAACAGGAAAAGAAAACGAUGUCUCAUACUUCCAGACUUCUUGAGGUGGGAGAAGAGAAAAAAAGUUUCUGCAAUCCAAGCUUCCUGAUCAAAUAUACUUUAGUUGAUACUUUUUUUUUUGCAUACCUGUUCCAAAAAUAGCCAUAAAAUAGACAACAAGAAAGAUCAUAGAAUCAUUUAAAUUGGAAGAGAACCUCCAGUUCAAGUUCAACCGUAACCUAACUCUAGCACUAAACCUUAUCCCUAAGAACUUCAUCGAUGUGUCUUUUAAACACAUCCAGGAGUGGUGACUCUACCACUUCCCUGGGCAGCUUCUUCCAGUCCUUCACAACCCUUUCUGUGAAGAAAUUUUUCCUAAUAUCCAAUCUGAACCUCCCCGAAGCAACUUGAGGCUAUUUCCCAUCACUUGCUGCUUUGCAGAAGAGACCAACACCGUCCAUGCUACAACUUCCUUUCAGGUAGUUGUAGAGAGUGAGAUACCAGCAUGACUAAGUCAUUAAUGAUCUAUAAGAGAGUACAGUCAGUCCUUUUCUAUAUAGCCUUCAUUAUCUUGAAUACAUUUGCACUAGCCAGUUGUAUGGAUGGUAAAAUACAUCCUUUUUGUACUGCAAAGGAAAAAAUUCACCCUCUGUGUAUUAACCUCAAAUAUUUGAGGAGAAAGACUUGAUAAAAACUCAAAGUUGUAUGUUGUGGUGGAUGUUUUUUUGUGGUUUUGUUUGUUUGUGGGUUGUUGUGGGUGUUGUUGUUUGUUUGUUUGUUUUUUAAUGCAGAUCAAUAGGACCAUGAGCAAAGACCUUUGGACCUCAAUGUCUGUGUGUAUAUUCAGAGCUGCCAUGCUGCCCUUGCUAUGGGUUUGCUGGUAGUGCUGUAAGAAAUGGAACUUGAGUCCUAAAGCAGCAAUUUUUGUGGCUAUUGUCAUGGCUCAGUCCAGUGGCCAGACAUUGAGGAAAAUUCCUUUUCUUGCUCCUAAGGGCUUUGUCCAGUGGGGAGUUUGUGAUUGAUAAUGGAGCUGGUGAACCCUCCCUCUGCAAACCAGGGCCUGAGUAUAUGUUCCCAGUAUAGAUGUGCAGUGUUAGAAUAACCAGGAGUUGCAUGUCAGAAGUUGCUGCUCUUAAAGGUAACACUUAUCAUUUUGGAUGUCCAGCUUAAUCUUGAGAAAUAGUUCAGAGUCCCAUUUCUAAGCACAAACAAAUAUUGCUGGAUUUGAUCCAAUAUUUAUCAAUUUAUUGAAAUGCAUUGAGUGAUUUUUUGCAAUGGGUCAGCUAACCAGGUAAGAAACUGGCUUAUAUUAAGCAAGUCUCUGACAUUUUGUAAGUUUGUGAAUUUGUAAAUCAAAACAAGAUGGUAAAAUGGAGAACUGUCAGCUACAGGGACUGACAUUUGGUUAGAAUUACUGAUAAAAUAGUUUAGCAUUAUUUUUUCAAUUUGUGCAAGUAAAAGUAGGAAAGGUGCUUUAUCUCUUCAAAUUUGAGUUACCAAGGAAAGUGGAAAGGCAACUUAAAUAGAUGUGGUAAAGGUUAUCUGCAAUAUCACCUGUCUUUGUGUGAAACUCUUUCAUAUUGGUUUCAGUGAAGAGUAACGCCUACAAAUAAAGAAAAAAAAAUUAGCUAUAUUUUUCUUCUAUAUUGAAUACUGUAAUAAAUGCUAAUAUGCAAAACUAAACACAGCCACAAAAUGUUUUAUUCCUCCUUAGUCUUGCAAACUUUACUUAUGGCUACCUAGCUUCUUCUGGGAUGCUAAUGCCCUCUCUCACAUGAGAGUUAGUAUUAGAUGGGAGCAGGCUUGUUAAGAAUGGUGUAGUUCAUAAACAAAAAUUUAAAAAAUAGUUCACUAAAAAAAUGCAGUGUUUCUUCUCUAUCAGCAAGAUGAUAUAGGCAUUCAUCAAUUAAUGAAUUAUCUUUCAUUUAAAUUACCUAAGCAAAGGUAUGUUAAGGUAUAUAUUCAGUCCUCAAUGCUCUUCAUUUAAAACAAAAACACCACACUGUACCCCCAAAAAACUCCCAGAAAUUCACAAUUAUAGCUGAGAGUCUACCUGUACCUUUUCUGUAAUUUUUUUCAAAAACGGGUUAUAUAUUAAAAGACAUAAAAGAACGUCUUUGAUACUUCCAGCUUUAAUCUAGUUGUUUAGCUUGAGCUACACUUUGAAGAAGCGGGUGAAUAUAGAGCCUGGGAUGAUGAUGUGUUAUCUCAAAGGAAGGAAGUCUUUUCAAUACAUUUAAGACUCUCUUCAAAUUAUUUUAAUUUGUAGAUAUCAGGGAAAACCUUGUGUCCUUUAUGGAUGCAAAUGCAGAAAUAAAAAUGCUGCCAAACAAUUGUAGUAUGAAGAACUGAAGUUCUAGGUCAAUGCUGUUUGAUUCUGGUAAGUUCCUAGGUAGAAGCUGAGAUCCUAAGAAACUGUGCAAAUCCUGGAGAGAUGAAGUAGUAAUUGUAAGUUUUAACUUAAAAGUUAUGUGCUUCUUGGUAAUGCAUACCCCUAAAUUACAGGGUUUUUAACUGUAAAAGUUGAAGACCUCUAAGUUUUAAAACCAAGCUCACCCUUUUAUAGCUGAAACUAAGGAGAAAGCUACUAGGGUUGCAGCUUAUAUUCCUGCUAGGUGGUUUUUAUAGUGUUUUUACAGGUGUCUUGGCUACUUCUCCACCUUACACAGUGCAUAGUGAGACUCUUCUAAGAAACUUUUGUUAUAUACUUUAUCAAAAUUGCACCCAAGUUCUUAAAGCAUAUAACACACCAAAGAAAUUGUCUCAUUGCUUAGGUUCCCCAAUUGCCAGUUUGGAACCAUUUCCUGAAAUGGGACUCGGAAUCAUCAUCUUGGCAUUCUCCUGCUAUUCUCCUGGUGCAGGAUGCUUCUCAGAAAACUUGUCUGUAGUUCUCCCCUAUUAGGCUGAAAAUCUGAUGGCCAGAAUAUCUUCUAAAUGCUUUCACCAGGUCUUCUGCUUACCUUCAGCUGUUGGUUUUUCUUGGUGGCUGUCCUGGGUCUGUAUUUUUCCCAUUACCACACUGCCAUUGACACAGCUUGUGCUUAUGUUCUCUAGUGUCUGUGUGCAUUUUUGUUAGGGCUAGGACUUUCUCACUGGUGCGUAGUGGUGCCAGUUCUCAGAGUUUGGUUCUGUGCUUUGCUGCAGCUGUGAUUUGCCCGUCAUGUUUGGCUCUCCCUUAAAUCUAAACUUUGCAGUUAAGUGUGUGCUUAGCUUCAAACUUCUGUUUUCUUUGGCUCACUCUAGACCUUGCCACUUGCUGAAGGCUGAGUAUGCACAUCUCCAUAGGAGUGGAACUUAGCAGUGACAUUGAGAGUGUUUGUUGUAUUUUAGCUCCUAAAGAACAGGACAGCAAGAAAACAGAGGACCAAAUGUAGCUGUUAUGGUAAGGGAACUAUACAAAUGGCAGAAAUGUGAUACAGGUAGAGAUGAACUACUACAGAUUUGAGCUGGGCUUUUUCAAAUGCAGCUAGUGUGAAAUAAUAUGUGUAGUAUAAAAACAAGAGAUGAAUAUUUUGGAAUGAAUGACAUAGUGUUUGAAUUGAUUUCCAUCAUAAUGAAUUUAUAUGUAUCCUCACACACAUUGACUCUUCAAGCACCUUGGUACUGGCCAGGGAGGUAGCUUGAUCAUAAAGUGAUUUUUAAACUGAUUUAACUAGUUUUUUUUUCAGUGUAUGCCAAAUUCUUAAAUACAGGGAUUUAUCCCAUGGGCGUAAUUGGGAGCACACACUGUGUUUCAGGUCAGCAUCCUGCUGGUUUAGGACACUGGCAACCUGGGCAAUACAGCAUCACUGGUGUGCUGCUGAACCCUGUCCUUCCAAAUCUGGAGAGGAACUUUGACUGCAGAUUCCCAAAGGGAAGGCAGCAAUGCCCAUGAUCUCUGGUUCCUAUGGCAUUGAAUCAAACUCAGCAUUGGUACACUCUAUAAAUACCUCUCUGUGUAUCUGUAUAUAGUAUCUUUGUGUGUAGCCUUUUUCUUUGUAGAAAUUUUUCUGAAAACUAUUCAAAGGAAAUAAGUCUCCAAGUGAUUUAAAGAAAACAUAAAUGACAGGUUCUUUCCUGUGCUUGGCUGAGUCACAUACAAUGUGCAAAAUUAACAGGUGCACGGUGGCAAACUGCACUCAGCAGGAAAUGCUGGGUAGGAUUCAGAGUCCUGAAUGUUGAACGAGUCUUUUCUGUAGCACAGGGCUUGAAAGGAUCAGCAAGAUACACUGAGCAUCUCAGUAGCGCUUUAUUUUCCUGUAAAUUUUUGCCUAUGGAUAAGCACUUUUUUUAACUUUGCAGGUUGUCUAGGGCGAGAUGCAGAUCUUGUACCUGUUCUCUUUAUCCUCUUGCUGACAACACAGCCGUAGGCUUUGGCUGGAGUGUCUGUAUAUAGCUUCCUUGUUUGAGUCAAAGAUGAGAUCCAGCCUAGCUCUUGCCUUUUAAUCUGUUGCUGGGCUGGGCUGGCGUCUGGUGACGCGUUGAGCUAAGCUGGCUGCAGUGAGUUAAUAGAGAAGACGAAAGGUGUCAAACCCCUGCAGAAUGGCUCAAGUACUUGUGGUGUCUACCCCAUAUCCUGAAUGCUGAAAAAAAGAUGAUAAAGCUGCCUCACAAGAAAUUACAGAAAUUUUUCCUCAAAAAGGAAGAAGGUAUCGUGAAGGAAAUAGACAUUAGUCAUCAUGUGAAAGAAGGUUUUGAAAAGGCAGAUCCUUCUCAGUUUGAGCUGCUGAAAGUAUUAGGACAAGGUUCAUAUGGAAAGGUAUUUCUGGUGAGGAAAAUCAAAGGAUCUGAUGCAGGUCAGCUUUAUGCUAUGAAGGUACUUAAGAAGGCAACUCUGAAAGUUCGGGAUCGGGUACGAUCAAAAAUGGAGAGAGAUAUUUUGGCAGAAGUGAAUCAUCCUUUCAUAGUCAAGCUUCAUUAUGCAUUUCAAACAGAGGGAAAGUUGUAUCUAAUACUGGAUUUCCUGCGGGGAGGGGACCUUUUCACAAGACUCUCCAAAGAGGUGAUGUUUACAGAAGAAGAUGUCAAGUUCUACUUAGCUGAGCUGGCCUUGGCAUUAGACCACCUCCACGGUCUUGGAAUUAUUUACAGAGAUCUAAAACCAGAAAAGUUUCCUUUUUUGCUUUACAGCAUUCUUCUUGAUGAAGAGGGCCACAUUAAGAUCACAGAUUUUGGUCUGAGUAAAGAAGCCAUCGACCAUGACAAAAGAGCGUAUUCAUUCUGUGGGACAAUAGAGUAUAUGGCCCCAGAGGUGGUCAACCGACGAGGGCACACACAGAGUGCAGAUUGGUGGUCCUUCGGUGUGCUCAUGUUUGAGAUGCUGACGGGAUCAUUACCCUUCCAGGGAAAAGACAGGAAGGAGACGAUGGCACUCAUUCUCAAAGCCAAGCUGGGAAUGCCGCAGUUCUUGAGCAUAGAAGCCCAGAGCCUGCUGCGAGCCCUCUUCAAAAGGAACCCCUCCAACAGAUUAGGUGCUGGAUUCGAUGGAGUGGAAGAAAUUAAACGUCACCCUUUCUUUGUUACUAUUGACUGGAAUAAACUAUACCGGAAAGAAAUCAAGCCGCCUUUCAAGCCUGCAGUGGGACGGCCAGAAGACACCUUUCAUUUUGAUCCAGAGUUCACGUCUCGAACCCCCACAGAUUCCCCAGGUGUUCCUCCAAGUGCCAAUGCUCAUCAUCUUUUCAGAGGGUUCAGCUUUGUUGCCUCUAAUUUGGUGCAGGAGCCUGCACAGCAAGAUGUGCACAAAAUCACCGUCCAUCCAAUUGUUCAGCAGUUACAUGGGAACAACAUUCACUUUACAGAUGGAUAUGAGAUCAAAGAGGACAUAGGAAUUGGCUCCUACUCUGUGUGCAAGAGAUGUGUUCAUAAAGCUACAGAAACAGAGUUUGCAGUGAAGAUAAUUGAUAAGAGCAAGAGAGACCCCUCUGAAGAAAUUGAGAUCCUCUUGCGAUAUGGACAGCAUCCAAACAUCAUUACUCUGAAAGAUGUCUAUGAUGACGGGAAAUACGUGUACCUAGUGAUGGAGCUGAUGCGGGGAGGCGAGCUCCUGGACCGCAUUCUUCGACAGAAGUGUUUCUCGGAGCGGGAGGCCAGUGCUGUGCUGUGCACCAUCACCAGAACAGUGGACUAUCUGCACUCUCAGGGCGUGGUGCACCGAGAUCUCAAGCCUAGUAAUAUCCUCUACAUGGAUGAGUCAGGAAACCCAGACUCCAUCAGGAUCUGUGACUUUGGGUUUGCCAAGCAACUGAGAGCGGAGAACGGGCUGCUCAUGACUCCCUGCUACACAGCCAACUUUGUCGCCCCUGAGGUCCUUAAACGCCAAGGUUACGAUGCAGCCUGUGACAUCUGGAGCUUGGGGAUCCUCCUGUACACCAUGCUGGCAGGGUUCACUCCUUUUGCAAAUGGACCAGAUGACACCCCGGAGGAGAUUCUAGCCAGGAUUGGCAGUGGCAAAUAUGCACUUACAGGAGGAAACUGGGAUUCAGUAUCUGAUACUGCAAAGGACAUUGUGUCAAAGAUGCUUCAUGUAGACCCUCACCAGCGCCUCACAGCAGUCCAAGUCCUAAGACAUCCAUGGAUAGUGAACAGGGAGUAUCUGUCUCAAAACCAACUCAUCAGACAGGACGUUCACCUGGUGAAGGGUGCAAUGGCAGCCACUUAUUUUGCUUUAAACCGAGCACCUCAGGCACCAAGGCUGGAGCCUGUAUUGUCCUCCAAUCUGGCUCAGCGGCGAGGCAUGAAGAGACUUACCUCUACCAGGUUGUAGCAGCACCCCCAAAAGGCCUCUUUGAAAACCCAUAGUUUAUUAUUUGAGAGAUUCAUCUUUACUUGGCUAGCAGAACUUUUUUGGACCACUGCACAUGAAAUUGCCAGAACUAGCAAAAGCCCAGCAUAAGGCAAAGUUCUUCUUUGUUCCAUCAUUUCUUUCACAUUCCAGCCAGGGUCCUGAGUUUAACAACUUCACAAAUAUGUGCCAAUUUUGCCAGUAGCUCCAUUUCCUUACUGAGAUAAAGCCAAAUAAAGUAGGUGCGCUCCAUCCUCCCCACCCUAGGAAAUACUAUUUUUGAGUCCUUAAGAUGUUCCAUGGGAACACUGUUUCAUUUUGUUUCUCAAGAAAAGCACUUUUUGCUACGAAGAACUCAGUCAGGUUUGAAUUUCAGCUGUUCCAGGAUGUGGAACCAGGAUUAAGCAGCUCGGCUGAUAAUCAGUAAACACCUACUGAUCUCCACUCACCCCAGGAAGAGUGAAGGCUGCAGAGACAAAUGAAUAAUACCUUACUUGAAGCAUGUGCUAUACAAUAUGAAGGAGAGAUUGCUGAUGGUGGUAGAAAUACCUUCUGAUUUCAAGAAUGCUUUUGCACUUUGCCCCUGCCCUCUCUGAAAUGAAGUCCGCACCACUCAAGGAGUGUGUGUCACCAGCCCUGACUUACUUGGAGGUCUCCAAGAGCAGAAAAGCUCUGAGAAACUCAGUGCUUUGAGGAGAUUAUUGGGUCUUACGAGACUGGGAAAGCAUUUACAUAAAACAGUGUGAGUAGGAGCCUGUGGACCAGGGGAAAAAGAGGUGUCUGGUCUCGGCCAGCAACCAGGAGGUCUUGGAAGACAAGGUGAGGGGGCUGGGGAACCAAGCAACAGCAGGGAAUGGCAUGGGCAACUUUGAAAACAGUAAGAAAAAAGACCCCUGGCAGCAUGGUGGGGCGUACUGCUGAAGGGAACCAGUGUGCACAUGCUUAGGGGGCAAACUGGGACUCUCUUCAGAAGCGAGGGACAGUCCCUUUUUGGUGGCUGGUACAGAACAGGGUGGGUGGGCGACUGGGCAGCCAAGGGGCUGGGUGGGUCAGUGCAGCUGUCCCCCCACGUCGUCACCAAAUCUGCUCAUGGAGCCUGGCUCUGGUGGGCCAGAGUGCCACCCUGGAGCAAGGCAGGCCACUCCAGUCAUCGCUCCCUGCCCUUCCCUGGCUGCUCACCCCAAUCUGCCUCAGUUACCGGUGUCUCAUGUCCCUGCCUGGCUGUUCCGCUCUAGCAGAGCUAAACUCCCUGUGCCACGUGUGUACGGAGAGUACCCACUUCUGAAGAGUCCAGCUAACUCUGUUACAAGCUUUAAUAAUAAUAAAUUAUCAGGAGAAACGGGAGGAUGCUCUGCUUUUAUAUUUAUAUAAAUAUGUACAUGUGUAUUUAUAUACUUAUAAAACAAAAGUUCUGUACCCUAAUACCUGGAUUUUCCUGGUUCAGGGAUAAAAAACUUUCUUGAAAUGGUCUCAGCAAAAUGGACCUUUUUCUUAUUCCCUGAUCUCAAAAAAAUGAGCAAGGUUUGUGGUGUCGGAUGUGAACUAUUUUUUUAUUCUUUUUCUUACCCAUCUUGUCUUACGGUGGUCAAAAGCUGAUCAGGAUUCUUCUUUGUACUGCUUUUAUUAAUUUUUCCAAGUAAGUUUUGUCACCUCACAUGCUUUGUGGGAAAAGCUAAUGUGCUAUGUUGGCUUUUUUUCUGUUGUGAUGGGAAAAAAAAAAAGGGCAAAAUAUGAACAUGGAGCUUCAUAUGCUAGAGAUGGUAAUUUUUCUCUGCUGGGUAGUAUGUGCAUCUCAGUGCUGAACUGGAAUUACGAGAUCAUUGCCUCAGAGUGUCCGAGGGAACAAGGAAUUGUAUUUGCUGUAGCAAUAUGCUUCCUAAAACUAGCUUUGUUCCAAUGUUGACUGAAAUUUGUUUGUUUGCAUUAGCCUAUUUUUAAAUUUAAAUUUAUUCUUAAUAAUUUAAAGCUAUAUUUAAUGUUCAGGUUUAUGUGCUGUGCACAGAGGAGUGCUGCAAAGCAGCUCUCCUUGAAGCCCUUCUCUUUUCUAGAAUAAACUAUGCUGUGAAACUUCA